ACUACAAUCGCGGCGGUGCAGGUGCUCUGUCUCUUCGGGAGAGGAUGCGGACGGAAGGACGGGGGAGGGAAGGGAUGAAGGGAAUCGCAGAUAGGAAAGUGCAUAGAAUAUGAAUAAAAGGGCGUCGAUAAGAGCGCGCGCGGUGCAAGGUCGAAUAUGACAGAUUCGUUGAACGGGGCACUUUGCGUUGUAAUAGCUGGUCGGCAAUAGUACUAUGAUUUGGUAUGUGGCCACUUUGAUAGCAAGUGUAUUCAGCACCAGAGGAACGGCCGCUCAAGGUGCCCACGGAGUGAGAGAGGAGCCCCGGUUUUUGACAGCGCGCGCUGGAGAGAGCGUGAUCCUGGGAUGUGACGUGUCCCCUCCACUGGACGGCCAGCAGCCCCCCUACGUGGUGGAGUGGUUCAAGUUCGGAGUGCCCAUUCCCUUCUUCAUCAGCUUCCGCUUCCACCCUCCUCAUGUCGACCCAGAGUACACCGGUAGAGCCAGCCUGCAUGGGAAGGCGUCUCUUCAGAUUGACCCAGUGCGCUCAGAGGACCAGGGCUGGUACGAGUGUAGGGUUCUGAUGCUGGAGCAGCAAUACAACACCUUCCACAAUGGCAGCUGGGUGCAGCUCACAGUCAAUGCCCCUCCCACUUUUACGACCACGCCCCCACAGUAUGUGGAGGCCAAGGAGGGGGGCAGCACACUGCUGACUUGCUCCGCCCAGGGAAACCCCAAACCAAUGAUCAGCUGGCUGAGGGAGGGGGAGGAGCUUGCAACCAGUGGAAAAUACACGGUGCAUGAUGGGAGUCUGACGGUGCUGGGGAUCACUCGGGACGACAGAGGGGCGUAUACGUGUCGAGCCUUCAGCGACCAGGGAGAGGUACUCCACACCACCCGUCUGCUGGUCCAAGGGCCACCGUAUAUUAAGUCACCACCAGAGAACAUCACUGUCAACAUAUCCCAGAAUGCACGCUUCACCUGUCAAGCAGAGGCGUAUCCUGGAAACCUGACCUACACCUGGUUUUGGGAGGAAGAUAACGUCUACUUCACUAAGAAUGACCUGAAAAACCGAGUCCGCAUCCUCAUUGACGGAACCCUCCACAUCUUCCGGGUGAAACCAGAGGAUGCUGGGAAAUACACCUGCAGCCCAAGCAAUAGCCUUGGAACUCCACCGUCAGCAUCAGCACACCUCUCUGUUCAGUACCCUGCCCGUGUGCUCAACAUGCCCUCCAUCAUAUACGUUCCACGGAAACUUCCAGGGGUCAUCCGCUGCCCGGCGGACGCCAACCCGCCGGUGAUAUCAGUGAAGUGGGAGAAAGAUGGCUACCCUCUCAGAGUGGAGAAGUACCCCGGAUGGAGCCAGGCACCGGAUGGGAGUAUYCGGGUGGCGGAGGCCACAGAAGACUCCCUUGGCACCUACACUUGUAUGCCUUACAACACCCUGGGUACAAUGGGCCAGUCUGACCCGGCCACUCUGGUGCUAAAGGAUCCCCCCUACUUUAACGUGAGGCCUGGUGGGGAGUACCGCCAAGAAGCUGGUAGAGAGCUGGUCAUCCCCUGUGCUGCCUCGGGAGACCCUGAGAUACCAACCAUCACCUGGAGGAAGGUGGGGAAGCCCAGCAAGAGUAAGCACAACAUCCUUUCCAGCGGCAGCUUACAGUUCCUGUCCCUCAGCAAGGAGGAUCAUGGGGAAUGGGAGUGUGUGGCCACCAAUGUGGUCACCAGCAUCACUGCCAGCACGCGCCUCCUCGUGCUGGGCACCAGCCCACAUGCUCCAGGCAACAUUCGUGUGUUGCCCUCGGUGACCUCGGCCAAUGUGUCCUGGGAGCCGGGUUACGACGGAGGCUUUGAGCAGACAUUCUCAGUGUGGUAUGGCCCAGUGUUGAAAAAGGAGAAUUUUGGCCCCCAUGACUGGCACUCCAUGCCGGUGUCGGGGUCUCAGACGUGGUUGGUGGUGCCGGGGCUGGAGCCCAGGACAGAAUACCAGUUCAGCGUCCUGGCACAGAACAAGCUGGGCACAGGCCCUUUCAGCGAGGUCGUGACUGUUAACACAGUAGUGUCUCCCCUGAGUACCCCUGAACCACAGGUGCUUCUUACUCCACCACGGUGCCUCACAGCCAAUCGCACACAGCACGGCGUCCUGCUAACAUGGCUCCCGCCAGCCAAUCACUCCUCGCCUGUCGACCGCUACAUCAUGGAGUUCCGUCUCGGGGAGAGGUGGGAGGUCCUCGAUGAUCUGAUCUCUGCCGCUGAGACUGAGCUGAUGGCCAGGGACCUAGUCCAGGAGUCCUGGUAUGAGUUCAGAGUCAUGGCCGUCAUGGACGACCUCAUCAGUGAGAGCAGUAAUGUGGUGGGAGUGUCCAGCACAGAUCCCUUCCCCCCUACGGAGGUGACUGAAGAGGGGUUGGCGCUGCCCGUGGUUGCGGGCGUUGUGGCAACCAUCUGCUUUCUGGCGGCUGCGGUGCUCUUCAGUACUCUAGCAGCCUGCUUCGUCAACAAACAGCACCAACGCAAACUCAAACGCAAACCAGACCCUCCCCUGUCUGUAACACACUUCAGGAAAAGCAUUGACUCAUCGCCUCCUCUUACCCCCUUGCCAGGGGUAGAGCCCUGCUGGGACGCACCAGCCAGGAGCAGCUACAUGCCCCCACCAGCCAGCUCCCUGUGA